UUCCUCUCUCAGACCCUGAAUCGAACCCUUCUCGCUCUCUCUCUCUCUCUGCAACGCUCCGAAUGGCCAACAACACCGAAGAACAACAACACAACUCAAUUCGAUCAUCGAUCAUGGAGUGGAAGCAGAUGCACCCACUCCACCAAAUCGCGGAAACCCCCACCCACAAGCUCCUCCUGAAGCAGUGGCUCAAAGAAGAAGAACUCAUCAACAACCGCAUAGCGUUAAAAGAGACCCAAAUAGAUUCAACCCGCAAAGAGAUCACCACACUCUACAUCUUCUUCUUCCUCUUCCACUCCACAACCCUCAUGCUCCUCUUCAACUCCUCAUCAUCUUCAUCUUGUCAUAGAUCAUGGGUCCCAUCACUCUGCUCUCUGUUGUUCUCGCUGGGCCUCAUAUGGGCCUUGCGGUACAAGAGCGACGUGGAGGCCCACGUGGAGAAGAUGCUGCAGCGGGAGAAGGAGGACAAAGGGUUGCUGGGGAGGUGCGUGGAGGAGUUGAAGAAGAAAGGGUUGGAAUUUGAUUUGUUGAAGGAGGUUGAUGCAUUGAGGAGGGCCAAGAGUUUGAGGGUGGAGAACAAAGAGGUUCGGAAAUGGUCCUCCAGGGACCUUGUUUCUUUGUUCUUCUUCUCUAUGGCUUGCUUCUCUCUUGCUCUCACACGAGUCAUCUUGUGCACUUAGAUAGGAUUUGGGAUCGGUAUAAAUAUGUACUUAACUUGUUACUAUUUGUUUGGUUUUGGGCUGAGAUUUUUGCUAUGUAUCAAUUAUUAAUAUUUAUUGUUGCAAGGGAGGAGGGGGGCAGGUGCAGAAUGUACUGUUCUGCUUUUAAUUAUGCAAUUUGAGAAUACUAAGAUGAACUUUUGGAAUAAAAGUUAUAAUUCUGUUUCGAUUUUGAGCGUGGUUGCAGGAGAUGGAAGGUGGAAACAAGAUGUGAAUCAUGUGUUCUAUUUUUUCUUAUUGCAAAUUGAUGCAAAUGAAUUUGA